GCGAGCCACCUCACCUGGCCAGUGGCACCUUGUUAUGGCUGCCUGAGCCUACUAAGGCAAGGCUGGGAAGAAGUACCGUAUCUCGUGCAUACCCCACAGAGUUCCAGGCUGCCUGGUACUCCAGGCACUCCCCUCUAAGGGAAGGGUGGAGGGGGUGCAGAGAUGGAGAACUUACCCCUUCUGGAGUGACACAUAAACCCAAGACCCAGUAAUUCCCAAAGCAAAGUGGGGGUGAAGCAGUGUGGGCUCCAGGCAGCACAGAGAGGUCAAGGACAAAAGUCAGAAGAGAUAAGGCAGGGGUGUCCCCAGAGCCAGGUUACCCGGGGCAUGCAGUUUGGACUUGGGGCUGGAGGUGGGGGGUGCAGAGGGAGGUCCCAGAAGGCCGUUUCAGAACAGCUUUAGCAGGCUCAUCCUGCUGCUUUAUGGAGGAUGGCUUGGGGCAUGGGAGGGGGAGGGAGGAAACACAGUGCAGGUGUGGGGUGCUGGUGCACAUCCGCCCGGCAGAGCUCCUAAACCGCAAGCAGCUGCCAGGAGACCCGUUUCAAUUAGGACACACGUCUGGAGGCCACCCCAAGGUGGCUGGGGGCAGAAUGGGUCAGGGAGGCCCUGCAAUUCCAGGGUUGCCCAGGCACUGGGAAUCCUGGCUCUCAUCAUAAUGGGCUGAGGUUCUGGGGACAAGCUGAGUGGCAGCUCUGAGCCAGCUGAGCCCAGGGAAGCUUUGAGGCACACAGGGUCCCUGGGGGGGCCUGAGGGCAGCCAUGAGGAGGCACAGCGAGACAGACGUGGAGGAGCAGACCCAGGAGCUGAAGACCAUCACUCGGCUCCAGGAGCAGUGUCGGGCACUCCAGAUCCAGGGGAUGAAAGAGAAUACGGACCAGAACAAGGCCACGCUGGCUCUCCUGCGCAGCAACAUCCGCCGCGGGGCCCAGGACUGGGCUUUGGCCAAGAAGUAUGACCAGUGGACCAUCUCCAAGGCCUGCGGGAAAAACUUGCCUUUGCGACUGGCGCACUGCCGCAGUACCAUGGAGGUGGCGCGGGAGAAGCUGCGCAAGUACGUCUUCGACCGCGUGAACACGCACAACCUACUGAUCCACCUGGUGCGGCGGCGCGGGCAGAAGCUGGAGAGCAUGCAGCUGGAGCUGGCCAGCCUGCGGAGCCAGCCGGACGCCAGCAAGGAGGAGCUGCGGCUGCUGCAGAUCAUCCGCCAGCUGGAGAACAACAUCGAGAAGACAAUGAUCAAGAUCAUCACCAGCCAGAACAUCCACCUGCUGUAUUUGGACCUGCUGGAUUAUCUGAAGACAGUGCUGGCAGGAUACCCCAUAGAGCUGGACAAGUUGCAGAACCUCGUGGUCAACUACUGCGCGGAGCUGUCGGAUAUGAAGAUCAUGUCCCAAGACGCCAUGAUGAUCACGGAUGAGGUCAAGAGGAACAUGAGGCAAAGGGAGGCGUCCUUCAUCGAGGAGCGCAGGGCGAGGGAGAACCGGCUCAACCAGCAGAAGAAGCUGAUCGACAAGAUCCACACGAAGGAGACCAGCGAGAAGUACCGCCGGGGCCAGAUGGAUUUGGACUUCCCCUCCCACCUGAUGAGCAUGGAGACCUUGAAAUUAAGGAAACAAGAGACCUCCACAGCGGAAAUGGAAUACCAGGCGGGCGUGACUGCUGUGGUGGAGAAGGUCAAGAGCGCUGUACGGUGCUCUCACGUCUGGGACAUCGCUGGCCGCUUCCUGGCCCAGAGGAACACGGAGGAGAACCUGGAGCUGCAGAUGGAGGACUGUGAGGAGCGGCGGCUGCAGCUGAAGGCCCUGGUGAAGCAGCUGGAGCUGGAGGAGGCUGUGCUCAAGUUCCGCCAGCAGCCUAGCUCCAUCAGCUUCAAGUCCAUUGAGAAGAAGAUGACAGACAUGUUAAAAGAGGAAGAAGAGAGGCUCCAGCUCGCGCAGAGCAACAUGACCAAGGGCCAGAAGCUGCUGCUAACCAUCCAGACGGGCAUCGACAACCUCUAUGUCCGGCUAAUGGGCAUCACCUUGCCUGCAACCCAGAAAGAAGAAGUGCCCUCCGACACCCUCGAUUUGAACAGCAAGCUGGCGUACUGCGAGGGGAAGCUCACAUACCUGGCUGACAGAGUGCAGACGAUGUCCAGGACCGAGGAGGGUGACACAAAGGUGAGGAAUGCCCUGGAGUCCUCGACUCUGAAGGAGAAGUACAACACCAGGAUCAGCUUUGAGGACCGCGAGGAGGAUAUGAUCGACACCUUCCAGUUCGCCGACGUGGACCACAGCUACGUCCCUUCGCGCGCCGAGAUCAAGAAGCAGGCGCAGCGGCUGAUCGAGGCGAAGCUCAAGGCGGCCAAGAAGAAGAAGAAGUAGCCCCGCCGCCCCGCUCCCUGCUUUGUUACACAAAUAAACAUUUUUCCAGGA